CUUUAAGAGGAAGUUGCUGUGGUAAUUAUGAAUCAUGUCCUCUAGUAAGUAGUUAAAUGUCAGCUCGAUCUGCUGAUCGCUCAUAUGAUUGCAUGAUCUGCAACAUGGCGAGGCUGCUGUUGCUGUUAGCGUUGUGUCUCGUCUCCUGUGUUUCUGGCGGCCGGUAUUUCAACGAGGACCGACCCUGCUACAAGCCAACAGUAAGAAAAAACCCGUUUGGAGUCAGCACUGCCCCCCGCCCUCAUGAGUAUCUCAAUAUGGACGAGCUGCCCAAAGCCUGGGACUGGAGGAACAUCGACGGCAAGAAUUACGUCAGCACCACCCGGAACCAGCACAUCCCCCAGUACUGCGGAUCCUGCUGGGCCCACGGCAGCACCAGCGCCUUAGCAGACCGUAUCAACAUCAAGCGGAAAGGUGCUUGGCCCUCUGCGUACAUCUCUGUGCAGAACGUCAUUGACUGUGGACAGGCAGGCUCGUGUGAGGGGGGCGAUCACUCGGGGGUGUGGGAGUACGCACACAGCCAUGGGAUCCCAGACGAGACCUGCAACAACUACCAGGCCAAAGACCAGGACUGCACCCCCUUCAAUCAGUGUGGUACGUGCACUACCUUCGGAGUGUGCAAUGUCAUCAAGAACUACACCCUGUGGAAGGUGGACGACUACGGAGCUGUGAGCGGCAGGGACAAGAUGAUGGCAGAGAUCUACGCCAGGGGCCCCAUCAGCUGUGGUAUUAUGGCAACGAAGCAGCUGGAUGCCUACACAGGAGGGCUUUACACAGAGUACAACCCUCAUCCCUUCAUCACCCACAUUGUGUCAGUGGCAGGCUGGGGGCUGGAUGAAAACGGAGAUGAAUUUUGGAUUGUCCGCAAUUCCUGGGGCGAGCCGUGGGGUGAGAAAGGCUGGCUGAGAAUCGUCACCAGUGCUUACAAAGAUGGCAAAGGGAAUGAGUAUAACCUGGCUAUCGAGGAAGACUGCGCCUAUGGGGAUCCUGUAGUGCCUGCCAAUUACAUUUAGAAACACUUGCUAAGAUUUUAGAAAUGAUUAUGCAGGUACAUAAUUAAAACAUAUCUUUUUAAGGUGUUUUUUUUUUUAAUGACUUCUAAGGACAGCCAUGCAGUGCAGUAAUGAAAGGGAACUCCACUCAGAACAGUGUGUGCACUGUAUCACUAGGGGACUAGUGUGCUCCUUUGAAGUUUCUGAAUGGCAGUGGUCAGUUGCUAAGCUUUUUUUUUUUUUUUAAUGAAAUGUCAAAGUGCUUUUCCACAGAAGGUUUUUUCUUUAUAAUUUGCUAUAAUAAUACAUGUAUUUCUCAUCAUGUAACAUGUUAAUUGUUGUCUUGUUACAUUUCCAUGCAGUAGCUCUGCUGUCUUAGAGACUCUACACAACUGCUUUCAUGGAAAUUAUACUGUUUGUAUCACAUCUCACUGUUAACAGAUUCCAAUAAGCACUGAAUUACAAUUCUGUAAACCAAUGAGCAUUUACAGCGUGCUGUUAGCUAUGGGUUACCUCCAGUCUCAUUUGGAUCAGAAAAAUGUACUGGAAGCCCCUGGAAUGACGGACAGGUAAAGUGACAAUCGCUAUGCUGCUUGUAUUAUAAAAUCAAAUAGACUUCAGGAACAGGACAUCCAGGUCUAGUUAAUGGAAUAACAACGAAGGAUGAAACUACAAUGGGGGCUCUCCCCCUGGUGCACUGAUUACAAAAUGAAAUUAUGCAAUAUAUAUAUAUAUAUUUUGUAAAGAAUAUAUCUGAAUUAUGUUUGAUUAUAAGACAAUUGCAUCUGAGUAAAAUCUAAAAAUAUUA